UUUGUGCAAAGUUCCUUUCAUUGUUUUAAUUGACAAGGGAAGAGAUAGCUCCGGUUACUGAUGCUAACCGUCGUUAUAUAUUCUGUUACGGCGUCAGUACAUGUUUUUGCUGCAUGUGUCAAAAUCCAUUUCCCAGAAAUUUCAACUAUAAAUGUUCGACUCGACUCAUUCUCUCUGCCUACAUAAUUCUUCUAGGAUUCCAGUAAUUCCAGGAUUUUUCUAUCUAUCUAUCUAUCUAUCUAUCUAUCUAUCUAUCUAUCUAUCCGUUGCUUUCACAUUUUAGCGUCUUUCCCCGUCUUUUGCUGGCUCUUUGGUCUGGUGGUGCGCUUUUGGAGGCGGACCGGCUUUAGUUUCGGCACUCGGCACCAAUCGCGUCCUGGCGGCAGUAAAUAGGCUGAGAGUGACGCGGCAACUAAGGGGAGGGCGUAUUCCCUCACUUCUACCUCAGUUUAGGGCUCUCCUCAGCGCUAGGGACCUGAAUGGCACACUGUUCACACUGUGACAUCUCAGACAGAUUUCCUUUGGAUAUUUUCUCAGAUAUUAUCUCUCAUUCUAUCAUUGCUUUCAUAUUUUCGGUGUGUCGAAGCAACUUUGCGUGCGCUGUACAGAACGAAAGGAUCCUCCUAUUGCAGUUCGCCAUAACGCGGCAGGGAUACAAGCUUUGUGCUAAAAGCGCGUCUAACCACCAGCAGCCCUAAUUAACAGGUCCUGAAGUAGAGGAGAGGCGCUUCUCAGCGGGAAAAGAGUCUCAGAGCUUAAGUAUGUUGGACGGUAUCAAAAUUGAAGACCAUCCGCUCCGGAAGGGACCAACAACUCUUGGAGUUAUGCUAGGCUCGGAGUGUCAUCAGCAGGCGGUGUGUGAGGGUUGCCAGCGGCCCAUAGCCGACCGCUUCCUGAUGCGCGUCAACGAGUCCUCGUGGCACGAAGAGUGUUUGCAGUGCGCCGUGUGUCAGCAGCCGCUCACCACCAGCUGCUACUUCCGAGACAGAAAACUCUACUGCAAACAUGACUACCAACAAUUAUUUGCUACUAAAUGCAGUGGAUGCCUGGAGAAGAUAGCACCCACAGAGUUUGUAAUGCGGGCAUUAGAGUGCGUGUACCACCUCAACUGCUUCUGCUGUUGUGUGUGCGACCGACAGCUGCGCAAAGGUGACGAAUUUGUACUGAAAGAUGGCCAGCUGCUGUGCAAGAGUGACUAUGAAAAGGAGAAAGACCUGCUUGGAUCUGUCAGCCCUGAUGACUCUGAUUCAGAGAAGAGCGAGGAUGAGGAGCUGGAUAUCAAGCCGGAGAAGUGCUCUGGAGGCCCGGGCAAAGGGGAUGAUGGGAAGGAUCCAAGGAGACCCAAACGACCACGUACCAUCCUCACCACACAGCAGAGACGGGCCUUCAAGGCUUCAUUUGAGGUGUCUUCCAAACCCUGCCGGAAGGUGAGAGAAACCCUGGCUGCUGAAACAGGCCUGAGUGUACGUGUGGUUCAAGUGUGGUUCCAGAACCAGAGAGCCAAGAUGAAGAAGUUGGCCCGAAGACAGCAGCAGCAACAGGAGCAGCAAAACUCCCAAAGGCUGGGCCAAGAGGUGAUGUCCAAUAGGAUGGAGAACAUGAUGAACUCCUACACACCAUUGGCCUCUGCACAGCAGCAGAUGGUUGCCAUGGAAAACGGCUACACCACUGAUGCCUUCCAGCAGGGCCUCACCCCACCUCAGAUGCCUGGUGACCACAUGAACCCAUAUGGAAAUGACUCCAUAUUCCAUGACAUCGACAGCGACACCUCCUUGACCAGCCUUAGUGACUGCUUCAUGGCUUCUUCAGAAGCAGGCUCACUGCAGGCACGUGUGGGAAACCCCAUUGACCGACUUUACUCCAUGCAGAGCUCUUAUUUUGCAUCAUGAAAGCCAGCAUGGACAGGGAUAACCAAAUGUGGGUUCACUUACUGCAACCCACUGCUCCCUUUAUUACAUGCCUCGGAACCAAGAACUCUCAGCAAAGACCUCUACUAUGGAUAAAGGGCCCA